AUGGAUUACCCAUUUCAGACUUUUCAGUUUCUCAAAAAAGGAGCCUCUGAUUGGCGCCGGAUUUCACAUAAGAAGAAAGAAAAAUGGAAGAUCCUUCAUUCCAAAUGCACCCAUUUUAUCUUCUUUCUUCAUCUCCUGUUCUGUGCCCUCCAGCCAGUCAGAAGCGAAAUCUGGGAUGGUGUCAUUGUCACAGCAGCUGAUUACCAAGCUCUUCAAGCUAUCAAGCACGAGCUAGACGACCCAAAAGGGUUCUUGAGGAGCUGGAAUGACAGCGGCUAUGGAGCUUGCUCCGGGGGCUGGGCUGGGAUCAAGUGUGCUCAGGGGCAGGUUAUUGUGCUCCAGCUUCCAUGGAAGGGAUUGGGUGGCAGAAUCUCGGAGAAAAUAGGCCAGUUUCAGGCGCUUCGAAAGCUCAGCCUCCACGACAACCAGAUUGAGGGUCCAAUUCCUCAGUCGCUGGGCUUCCUUCCAAGCCUCAGAGGAGUUCAACUAUUCAACAACAGGCUUUCUGGUUCAAUUCCUCCUUCAUUGGGUUUUAGUCCUCUGCUUCAGACCCUUGAUCUUAGCAACAACUCUCUCACUGACAAAAUCCCAGAUAGUCUUGCAAACUCUACCAAGCUUUACAGGCUCAAUCUGAGCUACAAUUCAUUUUCUGGUUCUGUCCCAGUUAGUUUCACUCACUCACAUUCACUUACCUUCCUUGCUCUGCAACACAACAAUCUCUCUGGUCCUGUCCCAGACUCAUGGGGCAGCACUGGAACACAAAACAGUCACUUAUUUAGACUUCAGUCCUUGACCCUUGACCAUAACUUCCUCUCAGGAAGAAUCCCUGCUUCUUUAGGCAAGUUAAGUGAGCUUGAAGAGGUUUCUAUUAGUGGUAACCACUUCAGUGGAGCCAUACCAAAUGAAAUAGGGAGCCUCUCUAGGCUUAGAACACUAGAUUUUUCUAAUAAUGCCAUCAAUGGAAGCUUGCCUUCUAGUAUCUCUAAUCUCUCCUUACUUGUUCAGCUAAAUCUGGAGGGAAACAAACUUGACAGCAAAAUCCCAGAAGGUCUUGGCAGUUUGAAAAACCUUUCUGUUCUCAACUUGAGGAAAAACCAAUUGCAGGGUCCAAUUCCUGCAGCUCUUGGAAACAUUUCCACACUCACCCAACUUGACUUGUCACUAAAUAAUCUCAGUGAUGGAAUUCCAGCUUCUCUUGCUGAUCUACCACAUCUUAGCUUCCUCAAUGUUUCUGACAAUAACCUCUCUGGUCCUGUCCCAGCUCUUCUCUCCCAUAAAUUCAAUGCAAGCUCUUUUGGGAACACUCAGCUAUGUGGGUACAGUGCUUCAACCCCAUGCCCAUCUGAAGCACCAGCCCCUGAGGUUUCGAAACACCACCGCAAGCUAAGCACCAAAGACAAAAUUCUUAUAGCAGCAGGAGCUCUUCUAUUAGUAUUGUUUGUACUUUGUUGCAUACUUCUCUGCUGUUUGAUAAGAAGAAGAUCUGCAUCAAAAGCCAAGGAUGGCCAGGGUACAGCCAGAGCCGGAGCUGCAAGGACCGAAAAGGGGGUCCCAGCUGUUGCCGGUGAAGUUGAAUCGGGUGGAGAGGCUGGAGGAAAGCUAGUACACUUUGAUGGGCCAAUGGCUUUCACAGCAGAUGAUCUUCUGUGUGCAACAGCAGAGAUUAUGGGGAAGAGCACUUUUGGGACUGUCUACAAGGCCACACUGGAGGAUGGGAGUGAAGUUGCAGUGAAGAGAUUGAGAGAAAAGAAAACCAAAAGUCAGAGGGAGUUUGAGGCAGAAGUGAAUAUUCUUGGGAAAAUCAGACAUCCAAAUCUUUUGGCACUGAGGGCCUAUUACUUAGGACCUAAAGGAGAAAAGCUUCUGGUUUUCGAUUACAUGCCUAAAGGAAGUCUUGCAGCAUUUCUCCAUGCUCGAGGGCCUGAUACUCCUAUUGAUUGGCCAACAAGAAUGAACAUAGCAAAGGGCAUGGCAAGAGGCCUGUCCUAUCUCCACACCAAUGAGAACAUUAUACAUGGGAACCUCACAUCCAGCAAUAUUCUACUUGAUGAGCAGGCCAAUGCUAAGAUAUCAGAUUAUGGCCUCUCUCGCCUCAUGACAGCAGCUGCCAAUUCAAAUGUGAUUGCAACUGCCGGAGCACUAGGGUACCGAGCACCAGAGCUCUCAAAGCUUAAGAAGGCCAACACAAAAACGGACGUAUACAGCCUUGGGGUGAUCAUAUUGGAACUCCUAACAGGGAAGUCUCCUGGUGAGCCAAUGAAUGGCUUGGAUUUGCCUCAAUGGGUGGCCUCCAUUGUGAAAGAGGAGUGGACUAACGAAGUUUUCGAUUUGGAAUUGAUGAGGGAUGCAUCAAUUAUCGGCGACGAGCUGCUAAACACAUUGAAAUUAGCCUUGCAUUGUGUUGAUCCUUCACCAUCUGCAAGACCAGAAGUUCAUCAGGUUCUGCAGCAACUAGACGAGAUUAGACCCGAAACAGCUGCCAGUUCCAGUGACGAUGGAGCUGGAGCCCCUUCAGCAAGUGAGUGA